AUGAGGUUCUCCGCGCAUCGCGGUUGCUGCACGCUAUUCGCAGCUCUCGCGGUUGCCGCAUGCCUAUUGGCCACCGGCGUUCCGUCAGCCGAAGCGUACGAUCCGCUAGAUCCAACGGGCAACAUCACGAUCGUGUGGGAUGUAACGAGCUGGGCAGGCGACGGUUACAUCGCGUGGGUGAAAAUGUACAACUACCAGCACUACCGCAAGAUUGAUCCACCUGGCUGGGCGCUGACGUGGAAUUGGACGCACGGCGAAUACAUCUGGGACUUGACGGGAGCCGUGGCGACGAAGCAAGGCGAUUGUUCUAAGCUGCAAUUCCCCGGGGGCAAGAUCCCGCACAGCUGCAUGCAGUACCCGGUGGUGAUGGAUUUAAUGCCUGCAGACCCCCUCAAGCCGGACGCGCCGGGAGUGCUGAAGAACUGCUGCAAGGCGGGGUACCUCGGAGCCAACAAGACCGACCCCGGGCACUCGCUCGCAGCGUUCAUGAUCAACGUCGGUAAUGCCACGAGCACGGUGUGGAACUUCGUGCCUCCGGGCAAUUUCAGCCUGGGCGUGGACGGAUACAAGUGCACAGACCCAUUCCAAGUCAACUCCACCAUCUAUACCGACCCUACCACUCGCCGGGAAACCCAGGCCCAAGUGACCUACCACAUCGUGUGCACCUACAGCUCGAUUCAGAAGCGAGACCCACCGAAAUGCUGCGUGUCGUUAUCAUCGUUUUACAACGACACGAUAAUACCGUGCGCGAGCUGCGCGUGCGCAUGUGGGAACUACUCGGCGAGCUCGAUUGUGUGCGUGCCGACGGGCGGCAAGGUGCCGUAUCUGAUGUCGACGCCGAGUGGGGAUGGGCUGGAGUUGAAGACUGAUCAAACGGCCAUGGAAUGCAGUCCGGACGGGUGCCCCAUCAGCAUUCACUACCACUUCAAGCAAAAUUACGAGGGCUUCUGGAGAGCCAAGAUCACCAUCAUUAAUAGGAGCCUGUGGGACAACCACACCAACUGGAAUGUUGUUGUUGAGCACCCAAACAUGGGCAAUCUGACGGACGUGUUUAGUUGGAAGGCGGAGAAUAUCCUGCCGUACGGAGUGAACAACACGGCCAUCUUCUUUGGCAUGAAGCAGUACAACGAUGUGCUCAUGCCAGCUGGCAAGGGCGGCAACGUGCAGUCGGAAAUGCUCUUUGCCAAGACGUCAGAGUUCACGCUCGAAGACGGAUGGGUCUUCCCUAGGCUUGACAAGGUCUUGGGUCACCAUUUCGCCAAGAUUACCGAUCUGACAUUCAGUUGA